UAGUCGGAUUUGUUUCCGCUGCGCCACGAUGGGAAAGGAGUUCUUAGUUCUUAAGAUCUACUGUGUGCCAUGCAGCAGGCAGAAGAUUGAGAUAAAGGGGAGCCCAUGGGGCAUCUCUGCCAUGUAAACGCCCGUCUCCUGCCUCCAGCUCUCCCCUAUCCCCGCCUGCUUACCUCCCACACCCCUCCAGGGUGACUUCUGUGGUCUAUCUGUCUGCUUUGGCCUUCCCACCCUAGAAGGCCUCCAACCUUCCCUCCUAACCCAGGACAAAGGUCCCCGGGCCUUGGGCCCACAGGGGGCGUCCUUCUGCUGUGGGCUAUCCGUCUGCUGUCAGGGUGGACCCCAAGCAGAAAGGUAGUGAGAGCAGAUUAGGUCUUGAAGCGUUUGGAUUUGGUUGGAAGAAAGGAGGGAAAGAAGAGAUUUCAAAGUGGGAACAGCUGGAACAAAGGUAUGGUGGGGGAAAUGGGGUGACUUCACGUGAGGAGAAUCUGCCCAGCCCAAGCCAAGACACCAGCCCUGGUGUGGGAGGUGAGUCUGUGAUUUGGCACUUUGGGGGGGCUAGCCCUUCUGGUGCUGGGGUGACGGCGAGAGGCUCAGCUCAUGGUUCCCUAGGCCUUCAUUCAUUCAUUCAUUCAUUCAUUCAUUCAGCACAGUUAUUCAGUGACUGCCAUGUGCCAGGAGCUGUGCGGGAGCUGAGGGUAUAAGAGUGGGUAGGGCAGAUUUGAUCUCUUAUGGAGCUCAGGGACAAGGGAGGCCCAGAAGAUUCUAGGCGGACAAGGAAACGGUCAUUCACCAUCAGCACUUUUGUUUCUGCUCCAGACGGAAGCUGGGCUUGUCCCCAUUUCACAGUCGAGGAAGCUGAGGCUGCCUCCCUGGCGCUCCUGAGAGGGCCUGCGGCUUCGUUAGUGCUUGGCCCCUGGGAGGCCUGGAGCUUGAUAAGGACUUUCCGGAAAGGCGGGUGUGUUGGAAGGGGGGUCCCCUUUCCCCGCCCCUUCCCCGCCCCUUGGCCACAGCGUGGCGGGGCCGGGAGGGCCGGGGCGGAGUUGGCGUCACCUCGGGGGCGGGAGGGCGACCGCGGACCCGGCAGGGCGGGCGGGCCGGCGGGCGGACAGUCGAGAGGACCGGCGCGGCGGGAGGCUGGCAGAAGGAGGCGACCGGGCGCUGGGGAUGUGACCCCGAGGCCGGCCCGGACUCGCGCGCACCCGCCCGGCGGACCCGGAGUUCCCUUCCCCAAGAACUUCCAGCAGGUCUGCACCAAGAUCCUGACCCGCCUCUUCCGCGUCUUUGUGCACGUGUACAUCCACCACUUCGACAGCAUCCUCAGCAUGGGGGCCGAGGCGCACGUCAACACCUGCUACAAGCACUUCUACUACUUCAUCCGAGAGUUCAGCCUCGUGGACCAGCGGGAGCUGGAGCCCCUGAGAGAGAUGACAGAGCGGAUCUGUCACUGAGCCCAGACCUGGACCUUGUUGCCUGUCAGAUGGACCAUCUGAGCACAGAGUGGCCGGGGGAGGGCACCCUUGGGAGUCUAGUGGCAGAGGGACCUGAAGGCCCUGGGACUCUGCCACCUUCCCAAAGCCCCGACUUGUGGUUCUCAGAGUCUGCCCACCUGUCCCCCUGACGGCUUGUGAGUGGAGAAGGGGAGAGCUUAAAGGUGGACAGACAGAAGGAAAGGAGGCGUUAAACCCCUGGCCGGACGUCUGAAGGGUUUCUGUUCUGACACUUAACCCUCCCAUGUGGAUGUGGCUGAGGUGGCAGGAAAGGUGCAAGAGCAUGAGCUGCCUGUGUGUGAGUGGACACAGAUGACACAUGUGCUUGUGCGUGUGUGUGUGUGAGCUUCUGACUGAGGAGUGUGUCUGUGAUUGCUAGCUGCCUUAAACCCUUCCUGGCACGUAGUAGGCCCUCCAUGAAUGUGAGCUACACGGAUGGAUGGAUGGAUGGAUGGAUGGAAUGAAGGAAGAAAGCAGGGAUUAGGGCCAUCAGACCAUGCCCACGUAGGAGUGAUGACACGUCCCUGUCUCCGCUGGGUCUGUCUGACCCUGCAUGUAAGAGCACGCGAUGUGGUUGUAGAUGUAGCUCCAUGCUUGAAACUUCCAGGCUUCCGUCUUCCAUCAGUAUGAGUUCUGGGGAGCUGUGGGGAGGUAGGAAGGGGACCCCUGCCCUGAAGACCUAGGUGCCUGGCCCACCAUAGCCGCAGGUUCUGAUUUGCUCAGUCAGAGAUGCUCAUAAGCUGUCAUUUCUCUCAUCCCUCUGCCUCCAGGAAGGUCUGAUUAGAGACAGCCUCCUGGGCCUUGGGGGUGAUCCCUCAUGUCCACAAAGGUUCCUGGUCCUUAAUUCAGGAAUCACACACUCCAGCCUAACUCCCUGAAUCUCCAGAUGUGGUUGUGAGGAUCUGAAGCCCAGCGCAAGAUAAUCCUCCAACCCACGGAGUUCGUGAACUUGAACUGGGAAACUCCAGAGCCUUGUCACCUGUCUGGGACACUGAGGACCACGUAGCUGUGAAUGGACUCUUCCAGCCUUGGAAAGCCCCCAGCCUGCAAAGUUCUGCCUCCUUCCCAACAAUCCGUGAGACGUUCCAGCUGGCUGGAUCUCAGAGCAUAGCUAGCCACAGAGCAACUGGGGUGUUCGUUCAGCCCUCCAUUUCUCAGUGCUUCCCUGCCCAGCCCUGUGCCCAGACCCACAGGAGGGGAAACUGAGGCAGGGGUAGGGCCCUCCUAGAGCCUCCAGGCUGGGAGGCCAGGAUAGAGAGCCAGAAGGGACCUGGGGAAUCAUCCAGUCUCACUCGCAGAAGGAAACAAGCCAGGAAGCGAGGCCGGAGAGACGGUCCCAGGCCUCCCAGGAAGGCUUCUGCAGAGCCGGAGGAGAGAUCAGGGCAUCUGACUCCCACCCUAGGCCUGCGGAUGGCUGCAUAGGGCGAGGAGAUGAACGCAGAAAGAGGGCUUGACAGCCUUUCUCCAGGAUACAACUGUCCCUGCUUUGACCAAGGAUUUCUAGCCAGAUGCCCGAGUGCCCUGCUACCCCUCUGGUCUGCUGGGGUUGUCUGCCGAGCCAAGCCUCCAAAAUUAUGCCCCUCUCCGUGGCCCAGCAGCUGCCAGAUCUCUGGGGAAGCAGAUGGGGCUGCUGGGGCCGGCCAGCUGGACCCGGGACAGCUGCCUCCGGAGAAGUUCUCGAGGGAAACACUGGCCUAGCAGCUUUGCCAGAACCUCUGUGUGAGGCGGUAGUCAGAAAUUCUCCCGAGCAGGACUGGGGAUUGGAAGACGGAGUCUAGGCUAUGGCCAGUGCUGAUUGUGGGAGGGGGUGGGGGUAGGGAAUCUAUUUUUGUGAAACAGAGGGAAACUUUAUUGUUGUUAUUUUGGUAAAAUAAAAGAGGCAAACUAAA